AUGGCUCAACAGGGUACAUCACGCACCCGUACACCGUUGGCUGAGCUACCGGUAGAAUUACCGGUACCGGUCACGGUACCGCACUCAUCCCCUACGCCGGGUCUGACCGCUGUCGCUCCACAACGUGGCGUGCUGACGCCCCGUUUGAUCGACAGUCCGAGAGCGAACAUACCGGACAGCAUUCUUACACCGACCCUCUCACCGGACGAGAUCGCCAUUCGGCAGCGUGCUCGUCGCCGUCCACCCAUUAUCUGGUCGCCAGAUCAUGGCGCCCGUGCCCAGUAUCCUUCGCCGAUGAAAACACCAACGAAAAGCGUUUCCACGAUGACACUACGUAGCUCACCGAGAAAGCGUUCGCUAAUGCAAGAAUUUGCCGACGUUCCAUCCACGAGCGGACUUUCAACGUCCACGAGAAGAUUGCAGCAAACGGGCCGGUUGUCCGUUGGUGAUUCACCCGGAACCAGUUCCAAGCGGUCAAAAUGCGAAGAAACGGCCAUGAAUCGCGGGAACGAAAGUAUACCGCUGAGCACCAUUCUCAAAGGCUACAGCCAGGAACAGCUGAUUGGUAUUAUUGGUUCGUUGGUGGCGAAAAACGAACAGCUUGAGGGUGCUGUCCGACGUGAAUUGCCACUACCGGAUAUAGCCCCACUGAACGAUGAGCUGGGACGCAUUAAGAAGAACAUUUACGCGAGCGUACCCAAUCUGAAGCUAUUCAGCCGUACCGAUGGGCACGGAUUUUUGCGAGCUGCCACACAUCUGGCUACGUUCAAGCAAACACUCCACAGCCAGGCACAAAAUCUGUACGCUUCCCGGCACUGGGAUGCACUGCUCGAUUAUGUGCUGAUGGCCUGGACACACGUGCGGGAAACACCGGUGUACGACAAUACCAAACAUAACGCUACCCGGCGUUACUGCUUUAAGCUGCUGGCCCAUCAUGCUACAAGUGCGUUGAAGCACGGUGGACUGGGAUUGGGUACGGAGCGUGUUGGCCGUUUCCAGCAGAAGCUUUCGGGCAUGAUAGCUGACUGUAAUGAGAUUAGCGAAUGCAGCAAGUGCGUCGAGUACAUCAUGAAAGGACUCUGAGGCAUGUU